AUGGGGAGGCGGCCGAACCAGCUGAUUCUGGAGUUCUUUGAGCGUGGCCCCAAACUCGAAGAUGCAAGCAAUCGCUACCAGCACACGUGCAAGUCGUGCGGCGAAAAGUUCCCAAAAGGCCGUAUAGAUAGCCUCACGAACCACCUCGUCAAGAAAUGUCCCGCCCUUCCUCUCCGCGACCGGCAGCGCGCCCUGCUGCAAAUCCACGAGCUGCCCGACCUCCCCGCUCUCACCCAGCCCACGACAAGCCCGAUGCACGCCGGCCAAGCGAUGAACCUGCCCUUCGCCCCCUCGAAACAGGGACUGUCGGCACUGGAGACGCUUGCUGAGGUCUCGCGACAGCAUCUGAACCUGUCUGGCAAACGUGUGGCUCCGAAGCAGCGCCAGGACCCGCCCGCUCAGCAGCAGCAGCCACAGCGGCACCAGGCGCAACAGCAUGUGCAGCAGCAGCAUCCACACUCGCACGUCGGAAACAUACAUGACCAUCACCAGGGGCUCUUCGAGGAAUACUUGGUACACGAUGACCGCCCGGAGAGCGAUCUGGGCGCGCUGUCUCAAGGCAUGGACAUGCCGAAUGCGCCUGCACUGCCGUCGAUAUACCAGUUCAACGGACCUUUGCACCACUCGCCGACAAGCUCGCCGCAUAUGGGUGGUGUUUCCAUGUCUUGCUCAGCACCCAUGGCCCAGUCUAUGGUUCCAUCGCUCGUCAUGGCUGCGUCGGCCGCAAACGAAUUACUUCCGCUGAAUUCUGGCCUCACGCUGGAGCCAGAGCUCAACAUGAAUAUGACCAACCAUGGCAUGUCUGUCUUUCCGCUUCAAUCCCGACAAUGGCACAACUCAAUUGAUCCUCUGCUGCCAGAAGAGGCAGAUGCCAAGCAGCAUGUUAUCAUGGAUGAGAAUACUGCAAAAGCCCCUUCUCAUCCGCGCCCAAUAGCACCGAACAGCACCCAGACGCACUUUGGGACUGAUUUUAGCGUGAACCACAAAUCUGUGAAGCCGAAGGUGCGAGGUCGUUUCACCGAUACAAGGCGAAAAGAGGUUCAAGAGGUGCGGAAACGGGGCGCUUGUAUUCGAUGCCGCAUGCUGAAGAAGCCUUGCUCAGGAGACAAUCCGUGCAACACCUGUCAAAACGUUGAGAGCGCACGGCUUUGGAAGCAGCCCUGCAUACGGACGCGAAUAGCGGAUGAGUUCAACGUGUACUCUGCUGGCCUGCAUGCGGUGCUGUCCUUCCAUGCAGUCAGUCAAGCAAAGGGUCAAAUACGGCUUCAUCAAAUACCUGGUCGGAUCGAAGCGACUCACUACCCAGACUCUGGCAUCGUCGCGACUUUCACACCGCUGAAGUGUCUUACACCGACGGACAUCGAUCCUGCCAUUCUCGCCGCGGUCACGGCCUCCCAGCUGGAGAUCAUCGACACAGAAGACGACAUCAGCGGGAAGCUUGACCUAUACGUAAAGCAGAUCGUGCCCUCAUUCUUUGAGUCGGAAGACUCUGCUUUCAUGAAGUCCACGAUAAAUACAGCUUGUAGUAUCAACUCGACAAACCAAGACGGUCUCCUCACAAAGGUACUGGAACUGUGGAAUCUCACGCGGAUACUCAAUUCUCCGUCUCUGCAUUGGCACUUCUUCUCGAACCCCUCACUCGCCCCCACGAUGGCUCCACCUACUAUUACGUCCUCAGACUUGGAGACUAUCAACCGGACACCCAUCUCAAAAGUCCACAACCAACUGUCUUAUAAUCUUAUCAAAUCACAACUCAUGGGCGCUACAGAGAAACGUGCAGCAUGUCUAGCCCGAAUCGUCAUGAACGACCUCGAGCGCCGCCUCCUUCAGCGGCAGCAGGCCAAUCCGUUCGAGACCUUCCUAGUCGCCGUGGUGCUGCUAGCAUGUGUAGAGCGCAUGUGCUGGCUGUUCCGCACUUGGGAAGAUCAGCAUGAGCUCCUUUCAACAAAUCAUUUCCACCUGAAUGCGCCCUCCACAGACGACACCCUGCAGUCCUCACCUCCAGACGACAUCGACACUUCCCACCGUAAUCCCAGGUGGCCGCUCGACAAGCCUCCCGCGUAUUAUUCGCAACAAGGCGAGCGCUUCAGCGACAUCUUAUUGAUGUUACUGAAAAUGCGGGGCGUGCCACCGAGGCCUGAAGCUAGGCCUACAGACGGUGUGUUGACUAUCUAUGGGGUCGGCGGAGACGAUAAGGUGCGCGAGUGGUACGAAAGUAUCGAUAUCACGAGCGAGUUACUCGCUGAGAGGCGGGAUGCGCGUUUUGAAGGCGUGGAUCCGAAGGAGUGGGAGUUGAAGUAUGUGGGGAAGAUUAUCUCAGGGUUGUAA